CCGCCUGCGGGUAGGGCACUCUGCCCGGAGUCGUGCGGCGGAAGUGAGGGCGUGUUCAUCGUCGCGCGGGCCGCGAAGGCGCCGCCAUGGCCGGGAUCCUGUUCGAGGACAUCUUCGACGUGAAGGACAUCGACCCCGAGGGGAAGAAGUUCGACCGCGUGUCCCGCCUGCACUGUGAGAGCGAGUCCUUCAAGAUGGACCUCAUCCUGGAUGUGAACAUCCAGAUCUACCCCGUGGACCUCGGGGACAAAUUCCGCCUGGUCAUUGCGAGCACCUUGUACGAAGAUGGCACCCUGGAUGAUGGCGAGUAUAACCCCACAGACGACCGGCCCUCCAGGGCAGACCAGUUCGAGUAUGUGAUGUACGGGAAGGUGUACAGGAUCGAAGGGGAUGAGACCUCUACGGAGGCAGCCACGCGCCUCUCUGCCUAUGUGUCCUAUGGGGGGCUGCUCAUGCGGCUGCAGGGAGAUGCGAACAACCUGCAUGGAUUUGAAGUGGACUCUCGAGUUUACCUGCUGAUGAAGAAGCUGGCCUUCUAGGAGACCUCCUGCCUCUGUGGGCUGCCCCAGAGAUGUUCUGCUGGCGAGCAGACAGGAGCCCUCUGACCCCAAAUCCUGCCCCAGCACCUGUGCUGCCUGGCCCCUUUGGAGCUGGGGGAGGAAGGGAUGCUCCCCAUCAUCAUCCCAUCCUGGCCUCUUCUCACUCCUGCUGGGAUCCACAGCUCCCUCCUGCAUGGAGAGAGGUACCUGAUGGCCAAGUGGACACUGCUGAGCGCUUUGUACUCCUGCCUUCUGGGUGUCUCUUCCCACCUCCGCCUUCCUGUGCUUCAAAGUAGGCUCAGCCCUGGCACUGGACUGGGACAGCUGCCUGUCUGCCUCGGGACUGGGGACUGCUUCCUAAGGAGCUGCCUGGGGCAAGCCAGGCUUGUUUUUUAUUAAACUAGGAUGUAUUUUCUA